AUGUCAUCCUGUGUCGAUCGACGCGCUCUUCUCAAUUCGUCACCUCCCCUCCCGUUCGCGUCGCCGCAUGCAGCUCCGUCUGAUCUUGUCCCUUUGGCUGUCUUUUUAACCCUGCACGUGCAGCUUCCUCGCGCGCGAACUCCCGCGAGUUCGGGGGAGAACAGCAAUCUGGACACCGCGGCCCCGCCUCCGCCCCCCGCCGCGCCGCGCCCCGUCUUCGCCUUUCCCCCUGGUGGCGCUGCUUCUGCCUCCCCGCAUUGGUUGGCGACCGUCCCUCUCGGCAAUACCGCGCACAAAACCGCGCCCCGUGCCCUCCAGUCCCCCCAUCAAGCUGGUGGCGCAGCGCUACCCGCCACUCCGUCUCCGGACGACGUCCCAGGCGGGGGAUGGAUGGGCGCGGGGGAUCGUCGCGUCCCGUCCGGCGCGGGUUCCCCUGGGGAGGGACGUGCUGGAGGGUUGAGCGGGACUGGAAGCGCGGGGGGAUCUGGAGGGGAGCAGGAAGAGGGCUUGGACGCGCAGGAAGCGGGGGGGAAGUCGUCCCGGCCGCGGACUGUUGCAGAGAGGAAGAGACGAAAUGGAAUUAGUAGCAGCAGGAACAGCAGCGUUUCGGCGCGCUGUGCCGUGCCUAAUAAGCUCGGUUCCGAGAUUCUGGGAACGCAGUUUUCCGCCACGUCAAGCGUGCAAGCAGCCUCGCAGAAUGUUCGCGCGCGGUCGGUGGAGGUCCGAGCUGUGGCGACGGAAGCACCCACGAAGAUGUCGAGAGUCGUGAAAUGGGAUCAGGAAAAGAGACUGCAGACCCAGACGACCACCAUCGCUGCGGAUACGACCACCAUUCGCUCUCUCGACUGGGACCGUGACCGUUUCGAUAUCGAGUUCGGUCUUCUCAAGGGCACCACCUACAACUCCUACCUCAUCCGCGGCGCCGACAAGGUCGCUCUAAUCGACGCGUCGCACGAGAAGUUCCGCGAGCUCUACCUCUCCGCGCUUAAAGCCGAGAUCGACAUUAAAGACAUCGACUACGUCAUCGCGAACCACACAGAACCGGACCACAGCGGUCUGAUCCGAGACCUAAUCGAACUGAACCCCAACAUUACCGUCGUCGGGUCUAAAGUGUGCAUUCAGUUCCUGCAGAAUCUAGUCUUAAAGCCCUUUAAGAGCCUCGUGGCGCAGCCGGGAAAGAUUCUGGAUCUGGGCGGCGGGCACGAGCUGGAUUUCAUCAUGGCGCCGAACCUGCAUUGGCCUGAUACCAUGUUCACCUUCGAUAAAGGCACGGGCGUCAUGUUCACUUGCGACGCUUUCGGCAGCCACUACUGCUCCGAGAAGGUGUACGACGAUGAUCUGAGCGAGUUGGAGCCGCACUACCGCUUCUACUACGACUGCCUCAUGAAGCCCAACUCGCGCUCCGUCCUCACCGCCCUGCGCAAGGUGGCCACUGCGGGGUGGGAGUUCUCGGAAAUCGCAGUGGGGCACGGCCCUUUGCUGCGCUACAACGUGCCUGAGCUCACGCUCAAGUACGAGCAGUGGAGCAAGGCCGCCAUCGAGAAGCAGAAGUCGUCCAUAGCAGUGCUGUACGUGAGCGACUAUGGGUACAGCGACCGGCUCUCGCAGUGCAUCGCGCGCGGCAUCACCAAGGCGGGGGCGGGCGUGGAGAUGAUGGACCUCAAGGCCGCCGACACGCAGGAGCUCGUGGAGUGCAUCGGCCGCAACGCCGCUGUCGUGCUCAUGAUGCCCCCCACCACUGGCCCUGCCGCCGCUGCUGUUGCCCCGCUGGUGGCCGGAAUCAAGGCCAAGCAGUCUGUGCUGCUGUGUGAGUCAUAUGGAGGGGACGAUGAGCCGGUGGACACGCUCAUGUACAAGUUCAACGACCGCGGAGUCAAGAUGCCCAUUGAACCCCUACGCAUCAAGGAGUCCCCCACUGAAGCUGUGUACCAGCUGUUUGAGGAGGCGGGCACUGACUUGGGGCAGGGCCUGACACAGAAGGCGGUGAGGGAGGAGACAAGGCGCAGCAUGCCUCUGACGGUGGCCAAGGCCAUUGCUCGUGUGUCGGGGGGUCUGUACGUGGUGACGGCCUUGAAAGGGUCCUCCAAGGGUGCUAUGAUCGCCUCCUGGGUCUCCCAGGCGAGCUUCAAGCCAUUGGGCAUCACCGUUGCUGUGGCCAAGGACAGAGCCAUUGAGUCGCUCAUGCAGGUGGGCGACUCCUUUGUGCUCAACUGUCUUGAGGAGGGCAACUUCGCCCCUCUCAUGAAGCACUUCCUCAAGCGUUUCCCCCCUGGCGCUGAUCGUUUCGAGGGAGUUGACUGGGACCCAGCCAGCAACGGGUCGCCUGUGCUGGCAGGAUCGCUGGCCUUCCUGGAGUGCACUGUGGUCAGCCGCAUGGAGACCAACGACCACUGGAUCACGUAUGCUGAGGUCACUGCAGGGAAGGUGUCCAAGCCUGAGGGCCGCACUGCUUCUCACCACCGCAAGCUGGGCGAUUAUUAUUAG